AUGUGGCAUAUGCUGCAUUAUGGUAUCAUAGCAUCAUGUCAUAACAUCACAUCAUUUCAUCUAUCCCACCCACAUGGCAGCAUCAGAUCAUUACAGCAUCAUAACAGUAUCACAUGGCAGCAUCAUCACACCAUCAUAUCACAUUGCAGCUUCAGAGCAAUACAGCAUCAGAGUAAUACAGCAUCAUCACAGCAACACAUUUCACCGUCAGAACAAUACAGCAUCACCAGAGAAGCAACACAUUGCAGCAUCAGAGUAAUACAGCAUCAUCACAACAGCAGCAGCAACAGCAUCAGAGCAAUACAGCAACAGCAUCAGAGCAAUACAGCAUCUGAGCAAUACAGCAUCAUAACAACAGCAGCAGCAUCAGAGCAAUACAGCAUCAUAACAGCAGCAGCAUCAGAGCAAUACAGCAUCAUCACAACAGCAACAGCAUCAGAGCAAUACAGCAUCAUCACAACAGCAGCAGCAUCAGAGCAAUACAGCAUCAUCACAACAGCAGCAGCAUCAGAGCAAUACAGCAUCAUCAUAACAGCAGCAGCAUCAGAGCAAUACAGCAUCAUAACAACAGCAGCAGCAUCAGAGCAAUACAGCAUCAUCACAACAGCAGCAGCAUCAGAGCAAUACAGCAUCAUCACAACACAGCAGCAUCAGAGCAAUACAGCAUCACAACAGCAGCAGCAUCAGAGCAAUACAGCAUCAUCACAACAGCAGCAGCAUCAGAGCAAUACAGCAUCAUCACAGCAGCAACAGCAUCAGAGCAAUACAGCAUCAUCAGAGCAGCAGCAGCAACAGCAUCAGAGCAAUACAGCAUCAUCACAGCAAAGUCGUUUUGAUACCUAG